AUGUUUGCACCAGACGAAAAUAUUACAAAGCUUCAUAAGCCAGUGACUGUUAGUCCGACAGAGGAGGUACAGUACACUUACCGCCUUGUCUCAUGCUCUGUAUUUGCACUUACAGAGGCGGUAACAAUAGCCCAAGACAUGAGCAGAUUUCGAGCGUCCUGGGCCGAGGUGGGCGGCACCGGGCGGCUGGUGUGCCGGGUGCGGGCCGCCCCGCCGCCCAACUUCGUCUGGAGCAGCUCCAGCGACCUCAUUCUGCUGAACAGCGACAAGUACACCAUCCACGAGCCUCAGCUGACGGACGGGCUGGUCACGUGGGAGUCAGUGCUGGAGGUCACCAGGAUCCGUCAUCAGGAUUACACCAGCUACCGCUGCUCCGCCCGCAACUCGCUGGGCUCAGAUUCCGUGCUGGUGCACCUCAGGCCACCCAGCCGCCCGCUGCCGCCCCUCCACCUCUCGGUGGCUAACGUGACGGCAGAGGAAGUGUGGCUCACCUGGACCCCAAACCUGGAGGGCGGUGCUCCAAGAGGCUACAAUGUCAGAUACCGGCCCGUCAACAGCACGUCCUACCAGUACCUGGAGGUGGAGGGCGGCCUGACCUCGGCAGCACGCAUCGGGGGGCUGGACCCCGGCCGGAAGUACACGAUGGGCGUGCAGGCGUCAAGCCCCCACGGCCGCUCUCACUUCGUCAGCCACACCGUGCUGACGUGGCCAGGUCACGACACGGAGCCGCCCACCAGCUUCCAGGGCCUCGCGGGCGGCGGUGCAGCGUCAACGGGAGGGAGGGGCGUUGGGGGCGGUGCGGAUGGGAUGGGGCAGGGUGGCGGCGGCGCCUCCAGGCUGCCCCGCUUCAUGCUGCUGCUCCUCACGCUGACGGGCGCCGCGCUGCUGCUGAUCAACCUCUCCAUCAUCACCUGCUUCGUGCGACGCAGAGCCGCCGCUGCCGCUGCCGCCGCUGCAGCCGCCGCGGCCACAGCGUCCACUUCUUCAAAGAGCACGUCGGUGAGCAUCUUCCGGGUGAGCGCCACCUCCAGCCCCGCCCACCACUCCAGCGAGGUCUUCCUCUCCCUCCACUCCCUGCCCACGCCGUCUCCCGCAGAGGGUCAGGAUGAGGCAGCGAUCAUAGAGGCUCCGACGCCAGAAACGGACAAACUCGCCGCCAGAGCGUUAUCUUCGCCUUCGUUACCAUCCCUGGAGGUGGGGGAGAGCAACACUCUCUUCACAAGGGAGCCCGACGUGUGUUCCCUGAGCUCCAGUGUGUACGACAACGUGCUGUGUCUUGAAGAGCUCCAGGGGAGGACCCUUGAGGCCCACAAGAAAGUGAACAUAAAUUCUCAUCAAAGGGAUGGCGCACCGGAGCCCAUCCUUCCCCAAGGCCUCCGUCCACAGGUGGCUGAAGGGCACGCAGACCAGGCGCCGCAGCUGGUCCAGGACGCCCUACAGUCCCUCCCUCGCAACCCAGGCCUCCAACAGGACCAGUAUCCACAGCAGGAACAAGAUUUGUACCCAGUCUUCCAAUCCCAGAACACGACUCCUCCAAAGCCUUUCAAAAUCCACCCCUACUCCCCGCUACACCAGCACAGUUCUCAGCAGAGUCCGGUCCAGCACGAUGCUUACUACCAGCUGCAGCCACAGCAUACAUUCCAGACCCUGCCACAGGAACAGUACACCCAGGCAGGCCAGCCAGAGCCGUGCCAGCCGCCCCAUCAGCCAGCAGGGCAACGUGAUGUCGACUCAUCCAUACAACAACUCACCUUUCCGUCGUCUUCACAUCAACAGUCGUGCUUCAGUCUCCCGCUCCUUAUAGAGACCCCGCAGCAGCAGCCUCUGCAAGACGACGACAUAAAUAAUCAAGAUAGCCUCGGUGAGCGUCAGCCACCCUUACAGGCCGCCUCCCUGAACACCUCUUACACUGUCAUCAACCCGGACACUCUAAGCCACACCUCCCACAUGAGUCUCCUCGAUGCAGGUGAGAGACCGCAGCUGUUUGACACACAUGACUAAAGAACAUCUCUUGU